AUUCGGCCCUCACAUGCCAUUGCCAACCUCCCGCCUCCUCCUCGCCUUCACUCUACUCCCUCUCUCUCCGGCGCGGCGCGCGCCCAGCCUGGUCAACCAGCUAGCUGGGCUUUGAAUUGCGCGUACCAUCCGAGCUCAUCUAUCUACCCCAUGUCGUCUCGACCCCGUCGGUGCUGAGCCGAGCUGAGCCUGUGCCUGCUUGCGCGGCGGCGGCGGCGGCAAUGGGGCUGCGGGCGAGGCGCGGCGGCGGCGGAAUUGGUGCUGGGUUUGUGUCCGUGCUGCUGGUGCUGCUGCUCGCGCUGUGUGGCCGCGGAGCCACGGGGUUAGACGACGACGGGGAGCUGCUCAUGCUCUUCAAGCGCGCGGUCACCGCCGACCCGCUCGGCGCGCUCGCCGGCUGGUCCGUCUCCGACGCCGACGCCUGCGCCUGGAACGGCGUCAUCUGCAACGGCUUCCCGCCUACCACCCAAACCAGCUUCAUGUCCACAGCCAACCUCACCUCCACCACCGACGGCGCCACCACCUCCAACUCCACCACCACGCUCACCACCACCAGCAAGAACGGCACCACCAACGGCACCAGCGCGUCGGCGGCGACGGUGUCGCGCGUCAUCGGCCUGGUCCUGCCCAACGCGCAGCUCUCGGGCACGCUCCCCGCCGACCUAUCCCGCAUCCAGCACCUGCGCCACCUCGACCUCUCGGGCAACAACAUCACCAGCACGCUCCCACCUGCCCUGCUCCACAACGCCACCGAGCUCCGGGUCCUCUCCCUCGCCGGGAACGACCUCACCGGCUCCCUCCCGGACGGCGCGCCCUCGCGCGGCCUGCAGGAGCUCAACCUCUCCGACAACGCGCUGGCCGGGUGGCUGCCCGCGCCCCUCCUCGCCGCGCCGGGGCUGGCCGUGCUGGGGCUCGCCAACAACUACCUCGCGGGCGAGCUCCCCGCCGGCGGGCUCGGCCCGAGCCUCCAGCUCCUGGACCUCAGCAGCAACUACUUCCGCGGCGCGCUCCCGCCGGACUUCGGCGGGGCGCGGCUGCGGCUGCUCAACGUGUCCUCCAACCGCCUCACGGGCGCGCUCCCGGCCGAGCUGUCCGACGCCGUGCCGCCCAACGCCACGGUGGACCUCUCCGGCAACAACUUCACCGGCGCGGUCCCGCCGGCCGGGCUCUUCGGCGCGCAGCCGGCGGCGGCGUACGAGGGGAACCCGGGGCUCUGCGGCGCGCCGGUCAGGCGCGCCUGCUCCAUCCCGUCCUCGCUCUCCGACCCGCCCAACGCCACCGACUCGCCGCCCGCGUUCGCGGCCAUCCCCAAGAGCGCCGCCCGGGCCCCGCCGGGCUCCCCCGAGGCGCGGGCCCCGCGCGGCGGCCAGGGGAGGCUCCGCCCGCUCACCAUCCUCGCCAUCGUCGCCGGUGACAUCGCGGGCGUCGGGCUGCUCUUCUUGCUCUUCCUCUACGUCUACCACGCCCGCAAGAAGCGCCGGCAGGAGAACCCGACGGCGCCGCAGCAGCAGCAGAAGACGGCAGCCGCCGUCGCCAAAGAAGGCAAGCCGUCCGCGUCCGCAGGGUGCUGCAUUGGCGGCGGCCGGAGCGACGGCUCGGAGGACAGCUCCGACUGCUCGGCGUCCUCCUCCUCGGACGCCGCGUCCGACGACGGCCGUCUGUCGUCCUCGGACCCGAAGAAGAGAGCCGGGAGCUUCAUCGGCUGGAGCACCCCGCAGCACCACAGCAAGAAGCACGAGCCGCAGCAGGCGCCCGCGCCGGCGACGCUCGUCACCGUGGACGUCGGCGGCGGCGAGCUCGAGAUGGAGACGCUGCUCAAGGCGUCGGCCUACAUCCUCGGCGCCACGGGGUCCAGCAUCGUCUACAAGGCCGUGCUCGCCGACGGCACCGCGCUCGCCGUCCGUCGGAUCGGCGAGAGCGGCGGCGCCGACAAGCUCAAGGACUUCGAGGCCCAGGUGCGCGCCGUCGCACGGUUCCGGCACCCCAACCUACUCCGCCUCCGGGGCUUCUACUGGGGCGCCGACGAGAAGCUCCUCAUCCACGACUACGCCGUCAACGGCAGCCUCGCCAACAUCGCAUUCACCAGGAGGAUGGGCGCGUCGCCGAUGCACCUAAACCUGGAGGCACGGCUGCGGAUCGCGCGGGGCGUUGCGCGUGGUUUGUCAUUCAUCCACGAGAAGAAGGGCGUGCACGGCAACGUGAAGCCGUCCAACAUCCUUCUCGGCGCCGACAUGGAGCCACUGGUCGGCGACCUAGGCCUGGACCGGCUGCUCUCGGGCGCCGCCCUCCACCGGAACACGGGAGCGUCGGCGCGCCUCUUCGGGAGCAAGCGGUCCAUGCACUCCACAAGCAGCCUGCCGGACCUGUCCCAGAUGCCCGGUGGCGCCAGCCCAUCGUGCGCCUCCACCUCGUCGACAGCUCACCCGCCAUACCAGGCGCCCGAGUGCCUCAAGAGCCUGCGGCCGAGCGCCAAGUGGGACGUCUACUCCUUCGGCAUGGUGCUCCUGGAGCUGCUCUCCGGGCGGGUGUACUCCGAGGUGGAGCUCUGCCAGUGGCACGCCGCCGGGUCCGUCGCCGGCACGUCUGAUCUCGAUCAGCGGGGCCGCGUGCUACGGAUGGCUGACCCCACGCUCCGUGGCGACGACAAUGAGGAUGCUCUGCUUGGCUGCUUCCGGCUCGCCUUCGCCUGCUGCGCCAUGGCGCCCGGCAAGCGGCCGUCCAUGAGGGACGUCGCCGCGCUCCUCGACAGGAUACAGGCCGCACCCUUGUCCAACUCCAUUGAGACUCCCUACUGAUGGAUGCCAAUAAAUUGACAGGGAGCCAUGUUAGGAUACUAGUACAAUUUUUUUACUGAAUUUUAAUGGCGAGCUUACUGUGUUAGCUGUUUGUAGAUGAUCUUUGUCACUAAUUUUGAUGAUCCAGCUGUGAUUAACCCCUUUUUUCCCUA